ACCGCGCGAGGGGGCAGCCGCCUGGAGGACCGCGACGGCCGCGCCCGCAGGUCACCUGCUCGUCAGCAUGGCCACUACACACCUGGAGAACCAGCUGCACAGCGCGCAGAAGAACCUCCUGCUGCUGCAGCGGGAGCACGCCAGCACACUCUCCGGCCUGCACGCCGAGAUCCGGCGGCUGCAGCAACGCUGCACAGAUUUAACAUACGAGCUGACACUCAAAAGUUCGGAACAGACAGGGGACGCGCCUUCCAGCAGCAGCGAGCUGCAGAGGAGGUGCCAGGAGCUGGAAGCUCAGCUGAGAGCCAAGGAGCAGGAGCACGAGGAGCUGCUGCGGGAGCUGGAGCAGAAGAACGCGGCGGUCACGGUGCUGGAGCACACCGUCAAGGAGCGGGAGAAGAGGUACCUGGAGGAGCUGAAGGUGAAGAGCCACAAGCUGAACAUGCUGGCGGGCGAGCUGGAGCAGCGCGCGGGCACCGUCGCCUACCUGACCGCCCAGCUGCACGCCGCCAAGAGGAAGCUCCUCAGCUCCAGCGGGACCUCGGACGGCAGCCCCUCCGGGAGCCCCGUGCUGGCUGGCUACAAGCCCGCCCCGCCCAGGGACAAGCUGCCUGAAACGCCGCGCCGCCGCAUGAAAAAGAGCCUCUCCGCCCCCCUGCACCCCGAAUUUGAUGAGGUCUACAGAUUUGGGGCCGAGAGCCGGAAACUCCUGCUGCGGGAGCCGGUGGAUGCCAUGCCGGACCCCACCCCUUUCCUGCUGGCCAGGGAGUCGGCCGAGGUCCACCUCAUCAAGGAGAGGCCCCUGGUCAUCCCCCCCAUCGCUUCCGACCGCACCUCGGGCGAGCAGCACGGCCCAGCCCGCGAGAAGCAGCACAAGGUCCACGUGGGCGUGGCGCACCGCAUCCACCACGCCGCCCAGCCGCAGGCCCAGCCCGAGGUGGAGACGCUGGCAGUUGACCAGGUGAACGGAGGCAAGGUUGUCAGGAAGAACUCGGGGACGGACAGAACCGUGUGAGCCUGCCGGGCAGCCCUCACCCUCAGCUGUCCAUGCACUGUGAUCAACACUAGAAAAAAUCAUCCAUCCACACCUCUUUUUUUGUUUUCAUGCCAAAUUUUUUUCAGACCUGCCGAGACUCCGCCCCUCCCGCCCAGGCCGCCUCACUCCAGAGCUGUCCCUGCUGCAGGCACCUGCUCACUGCCGCUCGGCCCAGCACCUGCGUGCGGAGGGCCGGCUUCUCACCCACCGCGCACCAUGUUGCUGAGAUCAGAUAGCACACCUCCAAGGCACCCCGCCCCCAGACCCAUGACCUCCUGACAGCCUCCCAGGGCGCCUGAAGAGCAGGUGUGUGUCACAGGAACUAAAUAAGAUGACGUUCUCGAGUCGCCACAACCUGAAUGUGUGUUCCUAUUUUUUGUUAGUUUUAUCCAAAAUGUUCAAG